AUGCCGUCCGACCUAUCCAGCUACCUCGCAAAAAACUACCUAGUAGCCGACCCAAAGCCAACCAAGAAGCGCAAGCGCAAGCAAGCAGCCGAAGGCCUCAUCAUAGCCGACGACGACGACGCCUCCUGGGCCAAGCCACAAGCCUCAGCCAACGACGAUGUGGACGGUCCAGCAACAGUAGACGGCUCCUCCGCCGAGUUUCGCCGCACAAAAAAGUCCAACUGGAAAUCCAUCACCGGCGCGCCCACCAGCACACCAGCCAACGCAGACACCGACGCCGACGCCGACGCCGCGGCAGCAGACGCGAUCCUCGCCUCGGCCGCCGCCGAGACGCUCGCAGCGCAGCGCGACGACGACGCGCUCCCGACAUUCGACGACGCGGGGCGUCGCCAAGAUGAGCGACGGCACGCUCGCGGGGCUGCAGCCGAGUUUGCGCGCAUGAAGGCCGGCGGGCGCGAGGAGGAGACGGUGUACCGCGACGCGACGGGGCGGCGGGUUGACGUGUCGAUGAGGCGGGCCGAGGCGCGGCGGGCGGCGGCCGAGGCCGAGGAGCGCGAGAAGGAGCGGCAGGCUAAGAUUGCGCCAAAGGGCGACGUGCAGGCUGCGGCGGCCAAUGCGCGGCGCGAGGCGCUCGAAGAGGCCAAGACUAUGGCGUUUGCGCGAGGCGCCGAUGACGAGGACAUGAACCGCGAGAUGAAGGGGAAAGAGAGGUGGAACGAUCCCAUGGCGCAGUUUAUGCAGACGGAUACGGCGACGACGACGACGGGCGGCAAGGGGAAGAAGGGGAAGAAUAGACCCGUCUAUACCGGUGGCGCACCGCCCAAUCGGUACGGCAUCAGGCCUGGCUAUAGGUGGGAUGGUGUGGACAGGAGUAAUGGGUUUGAGGGCGAACGGUUCAAGGCGAUCAACCGACGAGAAAGGAACAAAGGGCUGGACUACUCGUGGCAGAUGGAUGACAGCUUGUGCUGUGUUCUAGUGCCCAUCGUCUUUGCUGAAUAG